ACGAGUGUGGAUAAUGAAGUUGAACUGACAACAUUUAUGACAGAAGCGACUUCUAUCAUGUCAGAAGGACAGUUUACGCUCAGAGGUUGGGAAUUUACCGGACAACAGUGUGGAAAAGAAACGAACGUUCUUGGACUUGUGUGGCACAAGGAACGAGACACAUUGUGCAUUAAUCCGUCGAUACUCAACACCCAAAAAGAAGAUAAAGUUACUAAAAGAAGUAUUCUGUCGGCGACGAAUAAGGUAUUUGAUCCGAUUGGUUUUACAUGUCCGGUUAUGCUACUUCCUAAGCUGUUGUUGCAACGAACGUGGCUGUGGGGUCUAGACUGGGAUACAGAAGUGGAUGAACCAGUUAGACAAGAGUUUGUUAAUUGGAAAGAGCAGUUACAGUCGUUAAAAGAAUUGGAAAUACCGCGCCGAUUAAUUACUAAUUCAGUGACAGAAGAUGGAUUGAGCAUACACACGUUUUGUGAUGCUAGCGGCAAAGCCUAUGCUGCAGCCGUUUAUUUGAGAGCAGCAUCGUCUCAAGGAGUUACAGUUCAAUUGAUUACAGCCAAGCGGCCACUAUUGGCGCCAGGUUGACUAAUUUUGUAAUUCAAGAGUUACAAUACCAGAAUGUUCAAGUGUACAUAUGGACAGAUUCCACAACUGUACUAUCGUGGAUUCUACGAGACGGAAACUGGAAUGUAUUUGUGA